AUGCCAGAACACUCCGAGAAUGCCUGCUGUGAGGACUACUAUGUUACAGCAGCCGUUAUUGAGAUUGAUCGCGAUGUUAAACUCGUUCUGCUUGCGAAAACACCCGGAAUGCCUACUUUUCUUGUAGCUGUAUCACAGAUGCCAGUGGUGCCACAUUUCGCGGAUUGAGCCACUGUCUCACGAACACACACAUAAGUCCUGCUGUGCUGAUUACAGAUCAAAAGAAGCCGGUAGCAUCAUUUAUGGGUAUUGAGCACUCAAAGCUCCCUAGCACAUACAGAAUUCCUAAUAUUUGCUUCUUGUGUCAGUAUUGAUAUUGAUGGUUUUCUGUUAUUAUUCUUCUUAAGUCUGCUGACGAACUUUUAUUGUAAUUUCUGCUUUGACUAUUGUUAUUUGUCCUGCAAUGUCGCUCUGUUUUCAUUUUCAAAUUUCUUUUCUAUUUUGUUUGCUUUUGUUUGAAUCGCCUAUUCGUGGCCUUUAGUAUUUUUGUUUGCUUGCAUUUUCGUCUUUGCGGGUUACUUGAAGGUCACGCCAUCCUAGGAACCAUCCGCAUGUUGUUUAUGUAGCCAAUCGCGUGGAAACCUUCACGACGGUGGCUGCGUGCCCCCAGCGCCCAACGGCGAGGGACGCCCGCUCGCGCCAGCGCCCUUCUCUCACCAGAAACUCGCCAACACGCCGCUCACCCAAUCCUCCUCCAACAACGAAAAUGCUCUCUUCCGUUUGGUGGUGGAAAAAAAAGGAAUGCAUAAAGUAGCCAGCUGAAAGGGGUUGAGAGAUGUGCAUUCUUUAAAAAGCAAGAAAAGACACCUUAACGAGCGCUAAAUCCACCCCGUGGCGACAGAAAAUGCUGACAGGUAGGAGGCCUGCACCCGGAGGCAUUAGACUUCAGUCAAACAACUGUCCGGCAACUCACCAUCAACCGCACUGUAGGAGGCUCCCUGGCCAGCUUCCAUGUCAGCAACACGUUCUGCCUGAUGCAGAUGCGGAUUCCAACGCAGGACAGACCACCUGUUCUGCCUGUCCUUUCCAAAGAGGAACAUUGCCUGAUCUUCGUCUGCUCCAAAGAAUGCUUGGCGAACACGAGGCCUGAUGUUGAAAGGACAGGACCGCUUCUCCGUGCCUGAGGCGGCAAUCCAAUUUAAGAUCUGAAACAGAAGCCGAGUUUUAGAGAAAAAAAUAACAGGGCUGCAAUGCCGUGUACGUACAGACACACGAGACUUUUCUCAAAUGUCGGAUAAUUCUGCAGCAGACGAUUGCGAUAUUCCACGGUCGUCUGGUGCCACUGCACCUCCUUUAGCAUUGCUGGGGCAUGCAAUUGUAGCCUCUCGUCAUCAUCCGCCAGGCAAUAAUCUGCUCUUCAGACGACACAGACAAAUCUUCACUUUGAAGCACAGUGAGUGGAGUUUGAGCAGGUAGGCGGACAAAGAGGUCGCUUGGCACAAAGUCUUCAAAGUGCGCCUUCAUCAGUCCGAGGCACUUCUCCGUAAGUGCUUUAACAUUCAACGACCUCGCAAAGUCCAAGAUAUCGGACAGAUUUUCUAAAGUGAGGCUUCAGAACAGACAGUUAGACAGGAAAUGCGCGUACCGCCUGGCCAUGAAUGCCACUCCCCAGUCCACCAGGUGAGGCGACUCCAGCACUCUUGCAAGCGUCACCAGGCCUUUCGCAUUGUCUUCUCUGAUCUCCACUCGGCCCGCGUAGACAUACUGCAAGAGCGUAGUUGCGGGACUAGAAAGUGCAGAAGCCGUAAACAAAAUCACCGAAUAGACGAUAAUUUUACCUCAGUGGCAUUCUCGGCCAUCGUAGAACGCAAUUCGUCUCCCCGAGGGGGCCACUGACAGUGGCUCGCAAAGAAGGAAUGCGAGCCGCCAAUAUGAUGCGAUUAGCGUGGAGCAAACGGUUUCCACCGCUGCUGCCGACGUAGAGGAGACGCUGAUUGGCGUUUUCGGUGGAUCGGUGAGUGGGAUUAUCGUGAAACCGAUAUCCUCCUGUGAGGUCUAUGACGUGAGGCAGGACAGGUGAGUGCAGACGCCCCGUCUUGACGCACUUUUAGUAAUUUUUUUUCGCCAAAAAAUGUUUAUCCCCUCAUCUCCUCACCCGCCUGUUUGCCCGAACAGAUGGCACAAACUGCCCGAUCUGCCGGAGGCGAGGGUCCGCCCAGCUGCUGCCUGUCUGCCCGGGGACAGUCAGGUUUUCGUAUUUGGCGUUUGGAAUCCACGCGACACCCGGCUUGCCGCCGGUCUGCAGUCGGGAGACAGUCGGGCUUGGAAUAACUUCUCCGUGGUCUUCUGCGGUUUGGACAAACGUCGCACCGCGCUUGCCUCUGUGGUCUUCUGCCAUCUGCGAGCAGACUGGCGUCGGCGGCGGCAGGAGGCGACCUCAGCGGGCAGUGCAGUGGCACCAGACGACCGGGGAAUGUCGCGAUCGUCUGGUGCAGAAUUAUCCGGCAUUCAGAAGGAGUAAUUAAUGUAAGUACACGACAUUGCAGCCCUGUUAUUUCUUUCUCUAAAAGUUGUCUAAUGUUUCAGAUCUCGAAUUGGAUUGGCGCCGCAGACAAGGAGAAGUGGCCCUGUCCCUUCAACAUUAGGCCUCGUGUUCGCCAGACAUUCUCUGGAGCACACAGAGAUCCGACGAUCUUCCUCUUUGGGAAGGACAGGCCGAACAGGUGGUCUGUCCUGCGUUGGAAUCCGCGUCUGCAGCAGGCAGAACGCGUUGCUGACAUGGAAGCAGGCCGGACGGGCGCCUUCUACAGUGUGGUGAGUGGUGAGUUGCCGGACAGUUGUUUGACUGAAGUCUACUGCCUCUGGGUGCAGGCGUCCUACCUGUCAGCAUUUUUUGUCGCCACGGGGUGGAUUUAGCGCUCGUUAAGGUGUCUUUUUGCUUUUUAAAGAACGCACAUCUCUUAACCCCUUUUCAGCUGGCUACUUUAUGCAUUCCUUUUUUUCGCACCACCAAACGGAAGAGAACAUUUUCGUUGUCGGAGGAGAAUGGGGAGAGCGGCGUGUUGGCGAGUUUCUGGUGAGAGAAGGGCGCUGGCGCGAGCGAGCGUCCCUCGCCGUUGGACGCUGGGGGCACGCAGCCGCCGUCGUGAAAGUUCCCACCGCUGCCGCCGAAGGAGAGGAGACGCUGAUUGGCGUUUUCGGUGGAUCAAAGGGUGGGAUUCUCGUGAACCCAAUUGUGAAACCAAUGUCCUCAUGUAAGGUCUAUGACGUCAGGCAGGACAGGUGAGUGCAGACUCCCCGUCCUGACGCCCAUUUAUUAAUUUUUUUUCGCCAAAAAAUAUUUCUCUCCAUAUCUCCUCACUCGCCUGUUUGCCCGAACAGAUGGCACGAACUGCCCGAUCUGCCGAAGGCGAGGGCCCGCCCAGCUGCUGCCUGUCUGCCCGGCGACAGUCGGGAUUUCGUUUUUGGCGGUCGGCACGCACGCGGCACCCGGCCUGCCUCCGUGGUCUUCUGCCAUCUGCGAGCAGACUGGCAUCGGCGGCGGGAGACGACUUCAGCGGACUUUUGGGAGUCGGCUGCACCCAUGAGAACUGCGCGAUGGGGGCUCGCAGCGACAGCCUUUCGGGGAACAAUUCUGGUCGCCGGUGGAGCGGAUGGCCGAGAUCUCAACACUGUGGAGAUGUUUACGCCGCCAGACGCCCGCAGCCCCCUCGGCCAGUGGACAGAACUGGCCCACAUGCAGGAGCCUCGCUGCCGGUUCACUCUUCUCACCUCCGCCAACGCCGUCUUUGCUCUUGGCAACGGUAAUACAACACACCAUUAAAUGCAUUCCUUCUCUUCCUCCUUUUUGUUUUUCUUCCCUUUUUUCUUCUAAAUGCGCACUAUGCACCAGCAUUGUGUGUGUGAUAUGUCCACCGAGUUUUGCUUUGAGACUGAAUGGAGCGACCUCACUGACGGUUGUAUUAUUGUGGUGUCAGGAUAAUUUACCUUUAUAUGGAAUUUUUGUCUCUAGUAAACAGUUUUGAAUGCAUGAAAUUCAUCAUAUCCCACCACAGUAUGUUUUUAAAUCUUGGCCUCAGCUAUAAAGUGACUCCACCGUAAGCCGGUGAAAGACGUUGCCUUUGCAGGAAUUUUAAGGAAUAAUCCGUAGAAUAUCAAACAACUUAUGCAGUGCUGACAAAAACUCUAUGUACAAUAUUCCAUUUGACUUAUUCACCUUCCUUAGGUAGAGGACUGAAGACUGGGAAAGACGUUAACUUGACAUGUUUUUUUCCCUAAAUGGCCACUCUGCAGCACUUAUGUGAAUACUGCCUAUGCCUCUUUGUUUCCUUCUUUCUCUUUUGUGGAAUCUUCUUUUUCGUAACCGACCUUCAUUAAAAUAUUUUUGAAUUUGUAGGCACAUCCGGCGAGCCAGGCAACACGGUAGAGGCCUUCGCAGCACCGGAUGGUUCAGCCAACCCCGACAAUAACUUGACUGCUUGGGUCUGGUCGUCCCAGCGCCCAGGGGAAAUGCUCAACAGGAUUCACGGAGCAGCAAGCAUUCGCUUGUAA